UAUCCACUGAACAUUGACAUUAAGUACCUACGAAUGCAAUCAACUUGAAUAUAUUUCUCUGUUAUAAACACCAACAAAACGGCUGGAACUGUCUGCAUCCAAUAUAUAAUCGGUGUUCAUCAUUAAGAGGGAAACGUUUUCCCUCUGUCUUUGUUGCAUGUUCCUUGUCAUUUUGUGAAAGCUUCUAAGCAAAGCAUAACAUACCCUUGAUCGUAACGGAAACACGUUAACGAUCUUUGUGCUCAGAAAUCAGAGGUGGUGAAGGGUUUGAAGGUUUCUAUGGCUGAAAACGAUGUUAGGAGUAACAGAUGCUCUGAGCAAAUGGGGUAUGUCCAUUGCUUUGCUGAUAAGGUGAAAAGGUUUCCUGGUUUGGCCGGGAGAGAAACAUGGAAGGUUGGCAAGGAGGAUCCGAGAAGGGUGAUUCAUUCUUUCAAAGUUGGCAUAGCUUUAACACUAGUUUCUUUGCUGUAUCUGAUGGAGCCAUUGUUCAAUGGGAUAGGGCAAAAUGCUAUGUGGGCUGUCAUGACAGUGGUUGUGGUGAUGGAGUUUACUGUAGGGGCAACAUUAUCCAAAGGACUGAAUAGAGGAUUGGGAACUCUGCUAGCAGCAUCAUUGGCAUUUCUCACUGAAUAUAUUGCAGAUGCCCCUGGUCGGAUUUUUCGAGCGGUUUUCAUUGCUAUUGCAGUUUUCAUUAUAGGAACAAUGACAAGUUAUGUGAGGUUUAUCCCCUACAUCAAGAAGAAUUAUGACUAUGGUGUUCUGAUCUUUCUCCUGACCUUUAAUUUGAUAACUGUAUCAAGCUAUCGCAUUGAUGAUGUUUGGAGCAUUGCAGAAGAUCGUAUUACCACCAUUGCCAUAGGUUGUGCAAUAUGCCUUGUGAUGAGCAUAUUGGUGUUUCCAAACUGGUCGGGGGAAGAUCUCCACAACAACACCAUAUCAAGGCUUGAAGGCUUGGCCAACUGCAUACAAGUCUGUGUCAGGGAAUAUUUUAAUGAUUCUGAAGAAUCAACAUGUCAAGAUGAUUCAUCUGAGGAUCCUAUUUACAAAGGUUACAAGGCUCUUUUAGAUUCCAAAACAACCGAUGAAACACUGGCAUUACAAGCAAGCUGGGAACCAAGAUACUUAAGAUAUUUUCACAGAAUCCCAUGGCAUCAAUAUGCAAAAGUUGGAGCUGCACUUCGCUAUUUCAGUUACACUGUUGUUGCACUACAUGGAUGUCUGCAAUCUGAAAUUCAGACACCAAAAUCAAUUCGUGCACUCUACAAAGACUCUUGCAUCAGACUUGGAGAGGAAGUUUCGAAAGUAUUAAGGGAACUGGCCAACAGCAUAAGGAACAAUCGUCAGUUCUCCCCUGAAAUGCUCUCCAACAAUCUCAAUGCAGCAUUACAAGACCUCAACAGUGCCUUGAAAUCACAACCACAACUUGUACUAGGUUCCAAGAAUGGUCGAGCAGUUCAACACCAUGACCAAAAGCUUGAAGAAGACACCAGAACAUCAUCACCAAGUGUUAAGAAUAUUGGUUCUUCUUCUCGGCUUGGAUGUAGAUCCAGAGAGCACUCUCGGGAGCUUACAAAGAAGGUUUUAAGGACACAACUGAGUAAGGCUGCGAUAGUAAGCCUUGAGUUCUCAGAAGCUUUACCCUUUGCAGCUUUCACCUCUUUGCUUGUGGAGAUGGUGGCCAAACUUGAUCGCGUCAUGGAUGAAGUUGAAGAUCUGGGCAGAAUGGCAUAUUUUAGAGAGUUCGAAGACGUUGAAAAUGGUGAUAAGAUUGUUGUGACUUGUGAGAAACCAAAGACGGAUAUAGCUCAGAAUGACGUACCUUCUGCCGGAUCAGAAUAGUUCGAAGAAUUCAGAGUGCUUUGGCACAUUCUUCAUCUCAACUAUGUUUAUCAUCAUCUACUGAGCAGAGCUACGUGCAUGUAAAUUGAUGCGUGCAUGUACGUGUGUGUAGAGAAACAAAUUGCUAGUACUUUUUGAUGGAGAAGGUGUACGUAAAAUGCUUCCACAACAAUGUACCCUUAUGGGCAAAGUGAAGUCCUUUUAGAUAUAGCUAGCAUGAAGAUUUAGUUUACAAUAAAAUAUUUUUUAUACAAUUUUAUUAUGAGUGAUAAUAUUUUGAAUGAGAACAUUAUUAUUAUGAU